GUCACAUAGGUUCAUUCUGACUGCGGACUUUUGGAAAUCGAAAGCAACCAGAGCAAGGGGAUUUCAGCGGGAACACUGUUCAGCAUGUCCGCAAAAGACAUAGUGAGGCGCAACAAAACAGACAUACACACGACUUUAUGUGGAGAUUAUAGAUUAAUCCUCAACAAGGUCCAUGAGAAGAAUCUGAUAACUACACGGGAGUACAACAAUCUAAAGAGCAUCAAUAAAGAAGAUGUGGAGGGACACGUUGUUGAGCUUGUGGAUAAGAUCAUGAAUAAAGGAGAAAAGACCUGCCAAGAUUUCCUGGACCUCCUGGAAACCGACGACGUCGUUAAAUCGACCUACCCUCUGCUGAGCAACAUGCGACUCCAUUACGCAAGACGUUUGCCUGAACCUGUCCAGGUGUCCUCGGUGCGCACAGAAAUGCCUCUGGUACAAGACAGCAAGAGGCCAAAGAUGCUUGCUCAGCUGCAGGAGUUCAGUAUUGAGGAGUGGUCUGACAGCGGAUUCACUGAACCUCAGCAGGGUCUUAAGCAUGGAGAUGCCUUCAUCUGUUGUGUUCUCAGUCACGGAGACAAGGGUGUAGUUGUGGGAACUGACGAGGAGCCCUACUCCAUUAAAGACAUCACCAAAACCUUCAAGGCGACUGAGCAGUCAGCGCUCACCGGGAAGCCCAAAGUGUUCCUGAUCCAGGCCUGCCAAGGAACAGGAAAACAGCGUGGAGUGCCACACAACGGUCUGGAGGAUGAUUCUGGUGGUCGUUACAUCCCUGAGGCAGCAGAUGUUCUGGUUGCCAUUGCCACUGUUGAAGAUUAUGUAUCAAUGAGACACAUAAUUGAUGGGACCUGGUUUAUCCAAUCUCUGUGUCAGCAGCUGAGGGAGCGUUGUCCAAGGGGUGAGGACUUAAUCACCAUCCUGCAUCAUGUGAACAAUGAAGUGGGUCAGAAGGAGGUCCCCAAAGAACCAGGUGCAGUGAAGCAGAUGCCUGAAGUGAGAUUCACCCUGAGGAAGAAACUUGUACUUUCACCGCAUAGCAGCUGAGGCCACAAAUCAUGAAACAUAGUCGACGUCAUCUCUUAAUUAAGGGUGUACAAUUAACUCACAGGAGUGGUUUCUUCAAAUGUUUAUUGGCUUUUUUUUCUGUUUUAUUUCAUUCUAAAUGUUUUAUCCUUUUUCAUAUUGAAUCAUUGCCUUUUAUACUGUCACACAUUUUUAUCUGAGAAUAAAGCUGAUAUUCUGAUGACCA